UAACCUUGUAGUAUUUUUAGGAAAGUCACAGACAGAUGUGAUAACGCGAGCAAUGACCUACAGCUUUUCCGCAUUUCGAAUUUGCGUUCGAUCCUUCUCAUCAUCCUCCUUCAAAACAUUUGCAAAAAAUCUCGCGCUCCAUCGUUUCCUCAUUUUUCCGAGUCUUGCUUGAAUAAAUUUACUCAGCUGUCAGCCGUGUCCUGUGUUAUUAGUGUCCCAUAUGGAAAAAGUACUUCCAGCCAGGAUUUGUGUGAUCGCGUACAAUACGGACUGGCAUGGCAAUGAAAUGCCCUGUGACUGUUGUGAGAAGAAAUUUCGCGUUUUUGAGUAGAUUAUAUCUGAAAAGAACCGACGUCAGUAAGUGCUUGGAGUGUCAUGCAUUCUGAAACUACUUUGACACCCGUGAAGUGGAGGGGGAACUCACUUUGGAGCAGGGGACACUUAUUUUGCAUACCUGCUAUCUCCGAAAUGUUAUCAGUCAUUCCGUCCAGUGUCCGCGUGAGUUGAGAUGGCAUAUCCAUUCUCUCCGGUCACCAGUAGUUUUAAGUGAUAUUGUUACAAUGCUCUCGCUAGCUUUCAUCUGUCUCUCCUGUUUUUUAAAUUUAGUCGGGUCAAUUUCCAAACACCCGUCAGUUCUGGUAGUUUCAUUUGAUGCCUUCAGGUAUGAUUUCCUCAACAAAAGUGCCACCCCCAAUCUCUAUGCGUUAUCACAAAUCGGAGUUCGAGCGGACUACAUUAGAAAUAUAUUUCCGACGAAAACAUUUCCAAAUCAUUUUUCGAUAGGAACGGGAGUUUAUGCUGAGGAUCAUGGUGUUCUUGCUAAUCACGUUUUCUACAACAAUCGGUCCCAUGGAUAUAGCUAUGACUUAUUCCAUUAUAAUGAUGAUGUUGUGCCAAUCUGG